AUGUCUUUCAAGAAUGGCCGCAAGUUUUCCACGGGCACUUCGGUGCAUCGCAAACGGCAAAUGAGCACCCUUGUCGAGACCGAGGGUUCCUUUGGACCGUCCUUGACUACCCUCUUUGUCGGUAUUUCCGCUGUCUUUUCGGAUGAUCAUACGGCUGUCGUGGCCCUGGCCGUCCACGACUCGGUGUAUCUUGUCGACUUUUCCGUCAAACACAUCGUACUGGACGAGAAGAGCAACGGCAGCGACGACCGCAUCGCCGAACAUGUCCUUGAGGAAAUUGAAAAGUACGAGCACGAAAACUUUUCCAAGAUCAUCGGCGCUGGCCUCCCCACCACGCUCAAGUACAUGAGUCCCUCCCUCUGCUCGCGCCUCUGGCUGGAGCUCGAUAUUAUCCCCAUUGUCAUGCGUCCCGACGAGGAGCACAAGGAGGCCAGCUUCUGGGACGUCAAGCGGGUCGACGAACAGGCCGAUUCCAUGGCCCGCAAGUGCAUUCUCCAUUUCGGCCCCUCGCUGGUCCCGCUGCUCCAGGUCGGCUGGCGCGGCAUUGUCCAAUCCGACGCUGGCUUCCGUGCUCACCUCACGAUCCUGCAGAACCAUAAGGAUACCUGUGGGCCGAGCACCUGGUCGUCGGUCGCGCUGUUUGCCAAGCAGCUGCGUGCCAACAAGACCAAGAUUGCCUUUUUCAGCAGCACGCCCCAGGGAGGUGGCGUCGCCCUCAUGCGCCAUGCCCUGGUCCGCUUCUCGCGCCUUAUGGGUGUUGACUUGACGUGGUAUGGUGACUUACACGAACUAGUGCCUAAGCCUCGCCCUGGCAUCUUCAGAAUCACCAAAAACAUCCACAACAUCCUUCAGGGUGUGAGCCAUCCAGACCAGCGCAUCUCUGCCGAGGAGAAAGCGUCGAUCAUCAGCUGGAUCACUGAAAAUGCGAACCGCUACUGGUUCUCGGAAGGCGGCCCUCUGCGUCCCGCCGAGGAAGGCGGUGCGGAUGUGAUCGUCAUUGACGACCCUCAAAUGCCUGGCCUGAUUCCUAUGAUCAAGCGCUUGACGCCUGAUCGUCCUAUCCUGUACCGGUCGCACAUCCAGAUCCGCAGCGAUCUCGUUGCCAAGCAGGGUUCGCCCCAAGAAGACAUCUGGGGCUUCUUGUGGGACAACAUCAAGGGCUGUGACAUGUUCAUCAGUCACCCCAUUCCCAACUUCGUCCCCCAUACUGUUCCCAAGGAAAAGGUUGUGUACCUGCCGGCCACCACGGACUGGCUUGACGGUCUCAACAAGCACCUGAACAGAUUCGACACUGGCUACUACGGUCACAUUUACAACUCGGCGUGCCACUCGCAGCGCAUGACUGAGCUGAACUGGCCUGCUCGCAAGUACAUUGCCCAGGUCGCCCGCUUUGACCCUGCCAAGGGCAUCCCCACCGUCAUUGACUCGUAUGCGGAAUUCCGCCGUCAGCUGGAUAAGACCGAUGCCACGGACAUCCCCCAACUUGUUGUGUGCGGCAACGGCUCCAUUGACGAUCCGGACGCCUCGAUGAUCUACGAUCAGACCAUGAACCAGGUGGAGACGCACUACCCUCACCUGCUCAAGGACAUUAGCAUCAUGCGCCUGGAGCCCAAUGACCAGCUGCUCAACACCAUCACUGCCAAUGCGCAUGUCAUCUUGCAGCUCUCGACCCGCGAGGGCUUCGAGGUCAAGGUGUCCGAGGCCCUGCAUGCCGGCCGCCCCGUCAUUGCCACGCUUGCUGGUGGCAUUCCCAUCCAGGUCCAGGACAAGGUCAACGGCUUCUUGGUCGAGCCUGGUGACUGGAAGGCCGUUGCUGGUCACCUGAUGGAGCUGUUCACCAACGAUGACCUGCAUCAGAAGAUGAGCCGUGCCGCUGAGACUGGUGUCUCGGACGAGGUCGGCACCGUAGGCAACGCCCUCGGCUGGUACUAUCUAGCGACCAAGUGGAAUGAAGUCGGCGUCAAGAAGGACGGCAAGGGUGGUCUUCCUGGCAAUGAGAAGUGGGUCAACGACAUGGCCCGCGAGGAGGCUGGGUUCCCGUAUGCGGCCGGCGAGAACCGCCUUCCUCGCCACUUUACGCAGCAUAAGGAGGAGAAGGAGCUCCCGGUGCGGACCGACAAGCCCGACGCUUAG